UAUUUAAAAUAUAACUUGUAUCAUUCAAAUUUUUAAAAUGAAUAUUUAAAUUUAUUUGGUUGUAUUUUUCUUAAUACGAUUUAUGAUAUUUUGUAGUUUUUUGUUAAUUCUAAAUAGUAUUUCCCUUUUAAAUCAGCAUAAUCGAACAAGUAAUAAAGAAAUAUAAUUCUAAAUAGAUGGUGAUCAAAAUUAUUUCUUAGAAAAAACAUAGAAUCUAAACAUCAAAAAUAUGACUGACAAGAGCAACAAUUUACCUCUUAUUGAUAAUAUUACUAAUGAAAGUAUCGAGACGUUAAUAAAAGUUGAAAUCGACGAAAUAAAUAAUGAUGUAUUUGAAAGCUUUAUAGAAGUAGAAGCUAAUCAAAUUUAUCCCCAGAUAUAUCAAAAUGGAGAUCAUGAUAGUGAAUCGAUACAAACCAAUGAUUGUCAAACUAUUUGGAAUAAGAAUGUAUUAAAGAGUAAUUUUGAUACACAUGUUGAAAAUUUCCAUCCUAAAUUAUGUUCCAAUAGUGUUUUUCCUUCAUUACAAAAUAUCAAAAACAAAGAAGCCGAAUUACACCAAUUAAAUGAUCAUGCAUCUCAAAGUAAUAGAAAAAUAGACUCAAGUCAAAUCAAUUUCCAAAUGACUCCAAAUAAACAACAAAAAGUAACAAUCAAAACCUAUGAUUGUCAAAUUUGUUCAAACAAAUAUGUGUUGAAGAGUAAUCUUGAUGCACAUGUUCAUCAAUUUCAUUCUGAAAAACGCAUUAACGAUGUAUUGCCUUCAAAUACAAAAACAAUAAAUUACAUAAAAGAUUACAAAUGCAAUGUGUGCCCAAAAUCAUAUACUUCAAAGCAGGGUAUUUCAAAACAUAUUAGAGAAUAUCAUCCCGAGCUAUGUAUUAACAGUAAUGUUCCUUUGGAUUUAAUUAGAUCACAAAAUGAGUUGAAUCGUCAAGAACAAUCUAGAGAUAAUGGAAAAAUGUUUAAGUGUUUCAAAUGCCCAAAAACGUAUCCUCUGAAGAGUAGUCUUAAUAGACAUGUUCGGGAAUAUCAUUCAGAAAUAUUUAUUGAAGAUGUAUUUUCUACACAACAGAACGUAAAAAACAACGAAGCAAACAUUCAUAUUGCAAAAAAAAAAAUUAUUGAAUCAAUAGAAAACGAUAAGUCUGAAAAGAGUGGUGAGUUAAAUAAGUGUGAAAUAUGUUCGCUAGUUUAUGCUCGAAAAAUUACAUUUGACUCUCAAGAAGAGUUGGAGGAACACAUUAUGUUACAACACGAUAAAAAUAACAAACAAACAUUAAAAGUUGUUCAUAAAUGUAAUGUUUGUCUCAAAAUUUUUUUGACUUAUUCAGAUUUAAAAUUACAUUCUCAAUCGCAUUUCGUUGAAAAACCUUACGAAUGUAAUAUUUGCUCAAAAAGGUUUUCGUUCAAUUUAGAUUUAGUUAAACAUAAAAAAUCUCAUGCAGAAGUAAUUUUGAAAAAAUGUGAUAUAUGUGAUGUAGAAUAUUUGUGCGAGGAGGAUAUGAAAAAUCACCAGAAACUUCACAGUUCAGAAAAACCUUAUAAAUGUGACAUAUGCCAAAAAAGGUUUUUUUUUAACUUAGAUUUGAUAAAACACAAAAAAAAAUGCAUUCACAAAAUUAUCGUUAUUUAACUUUUUAAUCAACCACAAAUAUCAUUAAAUAUCAUGCAAAUAAUCCUUACAAAUGUUAUGUGUCUUGUGGAUAUUCUUAGGAUUUUAUAUUGUCAAAUUGUAUCCUAAAAUCAAAUUAUGGAAAAUACCAGAAAACUCAACUAAAUACUUUAUAAUAUGUGAUUCCUUCAAAAUAAUCAAUCAAAUUUGUUAUUUAAUAAAAUAUUUUUAUGUAGUAAUAUUAAAAUCUUAAUGUAUUAGUUAUCUAAAAUCAUUUUUAUGAUAUUAUUUUAAUAAUAUUCAAAUGGUAUCCUAAAUGUUUAGUAAUCUUUGAUUAAAUUGUUUUAGUCAUAAACAUUUCUAUAGGUUUAAUGAAAAUUAAAUUGUUUAACCCACCAUUCCUCAAGGUUAGAAAAAAACUAAUUUUAUGUUUUCACUGCAUUUUAUUACUUUAGUAUAUACUCAUAUAGCAAUUUAUUAAGUAUUCGCAACGUUGGGAUUAACUAUGUAUAUUAUUUUGUGUGAAUUUGUUCAAAAAUCGUUUAAAAGUCAUUUCAUAACAUAAUUAAGAAAAAAUAAUUUUACAAAUGUUUCGUUUACGCAUCGUUGGGGACUAAUGAAUUAAAUCACUAACAAUUUAGUCUGAAAUUACUUUAAAAACUUUAUUGUAAAAAACAUAUUUGCUCGUAAAUUUAUACCCUUUUGUUUUUCAUAUGUAUAUUACAAAAAUGUAAUUAAAUUAUUAACUUAUUAUUGUGU